UCGAUAAUCAUAAAUAGAGCAUUACAUACAAUCAGUCGAAUAAUCAUGCUAUCCUAACUAAAGCUGAAUGUUCCUGAAUAAACAUUGAAAUUUUAAAUAUUUUCUUUUGUUCCUAUCACAAAUUUAUGAUGCAUCGCAUUCUUUUAAGAAACGUCAUUACCAAUUGGCGGGCUGUACUUGGUUUGUGUACUACACCAGCUGUUUUUGCAUUUAUGAUGUAAACGAGUAGUAAAGAAAGAAGUUACAGUAGGAUUAUUAUAAGGCUAAUGCUACGGUAUUUACUUUUUGUAUCUGUGCUUAGUCACAGGUGGCCAAGGAAAUGUAUUAUAUACGGCAUCGAGUCUCUUAAAGACUCUGGCACAGUAAUAUGUUAGAGGUAUUGCCAUUUGCUUCCCAGAUGUGGAUUGCUAAACAUAAAUUUUACUAAAGUUUCAAAAUGUGCUGAACGUGAGACAGUUUAAACAAAGUGACAUUGGUUCUUAUUUGCAACCAUGUAAAUGGUUAUUAUACUCUAAUUACAUGUAAAUUACAGAGUGGCAUAUAUAUAGAUAAUUUUCUAUGUAACCUUUUUAACCAUGUAUCCAAUAAAUAAAAGACCUUUGUUAGGAGGUUCGGACAGCGAAUUUGAGGAUGAUUUAGAAACUGAAGUUGAUGAUCCAAGUAUUUCUGUGCCAGAUGAAAAGCCAUUUUUAAAACAAUAUGAACCUAGCGAUAGGUAUAAUAUUGCAUAUAUUGUUUUUUAUUUACUUGGGAUGAAUAUAUUAAUUCCUUGGAGUUUUUUUAUUACUGCUGAAGAUUAUUGGAUGUAUAAGUUUAGAGAAAUACAAGAAAAUUCUACGCAUAUUAACUAUACUCAUGUAGAAAAUUUAGAAAAGAAAACUGACCUUCAAGCUAGUUUUACAUCAUAUCUAAGUGUAGCAAGUGCAUUACCAAAUACAUUGUUUCUAGUCAUAAAUGCAUUUAUCAGUAAAAAAAUUCCCCUGAGGACAAGAAUGGUUGGCUCACAGUGUAUAAUACUGUUACUUUUCAUUGUAACAACAGUAUUUGUUAAAAUAAAUACAGACAAAUGGCAAGGCACAUUUUUAAUUAUUACUUUGACCACAGUAGCAUGCGUAAAUUCUGCAAGUGCAAUUUUUGGAGGAAGUUUAAUGGGUGUUGUUGGUCGUUUUUCUCCCAAAUAUAUAACUGCUAUGUCAAGUGGUCAAGCUCUUGGAGGAAUUUUCACUGCUAUAACAGAGAUAUGUUCUCUUUGGAUUGGUGCUAGUCCUAUGCUUUCAGGGCUAGUAUAUUUCAUUAUUGGAGAUGUUAUCUUGUUUUUAUCUCUGAUUGCAUAUGUAAUGUUGGAAAAAGCAGCAUUUUUUAAACAUCAUAUGGUGGAGAGAUUUCCUGACAGUGUAGAAACAGAUUAUUCAGUAACUGGAGAAGUAACUUUUCCACACGGCACAACAGUAUCUUAUACUCGUAUUGUUAAAAGAAUUUGGCACUAUGGUAUUACUGUAUUCUUAGUAUUUUUCGUAUCACUGUCUGUAUGUCCAGCAGUUACUGUACUGGUAGAAAGUCAAGAUAAAGGCAAGGGUUAUGCAUGGAAUGAUAUCUAUUUUGUACCUGUGGUGACAUACCUCAUUUUUAGUUCUGGUGAUUAUGCUGGAAGAAUAUUAUCAGGCAUAUUCCAGUGGCCAAAAAAUAAACCCUGGCAGGUGAUAUUUUUAAGUCUGAUAAGAGUAAUCUUUAUACCUGCUCUUAUGUUUUGCAAUGCACAACCUAGAUAUAAUCUUCCUGUUUACAUUCAUAAUGACUUUUAUUAUAUUUUAAUAACUAUUGCAUUUGCCAUUAGCAACGGUUAUCUGUGUAAUUUGACAUUUAUUUUAAUUCCUACAGUUGUAGAUUCUCAAGAAAAGGAAAUUGCCUCUGCUAUGAUGGGAGCUUUCCUUGGAAUGGGAUUGGCAUCAGGUGCAGCACUUAGUUUGUUUAUGGUUAAAGCGCUUUAACCAUUAUGAUUAAAAGAGGCAAAUAUGAAAAAAUGCAGGCAUUCAUCUCACUGCCUAUUGCAUACUUAAAAUAAACUAGGACCACAGGACACAAAGUCCAAUCACAUUUAAAUAAUACAGUUAUUUGAUAUUUUAUAAUAAAUUGAUAACUGCAAUGUUUGACACAUUACAGUAAAUUAUUUUUUACGUAUUUCUUUAAGGAGUUAAACUUGACCAUUCCAUGAAUACUUAAAUUAUGUUAUGUAUAGAAUGGAAAUAAUUGUAUGUCAAAUUAUAUGUAAUACAUCUGAUACAUAUAACAUAGAGAAUGAAUGAAUUAUAUAAAAAAAUGUAGUUCUAGUCAUCAUACAUUUCCGUAAUGUAUUUAUUUUUAAGCAUUCAGAGUACAAUAAAUUAUGACAAGUAACUCAUACUAUAUACAGAAUAAAUUAAAGACAGUAUAAAAAUACAUAAGAGUAGUUUGUACUUUAUUAUAUACAUUAAUAAUAAAAAGGAUAGUAAUAUAUUCCUAUCCUUAUAACUUAUUGCAUUUCUGAAUCGAAAUAAUAUAUUUCACUAAAUAUAAAUAAACGUUAUGUCGUUUUUUGAAGAUUAUAAUUCGAAAAUAUCAAAAAUGUACACUAUUUUAAAAGGUUUUAAGCUUAUGAUUGUAUUACAUAUAAUGAUUGUAACCUAAAGCUUUCUUUAAUUUUUAAAACAAUUGACAGCAAAUAUACAGCUAAAGUUAUGUGCUUUA